AUGGUCCGCACUCGAGCUCAGAGAGGUCAGCCCUUGACAGGAAACCGACCCCAGGGCAUCCGCAAAAGCGCACCUCAAAAGCGCCGUCGCCUCCGAGACCCAGACCCAACAGACACGCCACAAGAUCAAGCUGGAUCAGAUCAACUCAAAGUUCCGUCAUCUCCAACGGGUGGGCCUCGAAAACGAAAGGAUCGACAAAUAUCCGUUGAGCGCAAAGACCAGAAGCCGUUACCUGCCAUUGCAGAUCCACCCAAGCACACUUCAGACGAACAAUCUCGGAAACGCAGACGAACAUCUCUUGACCAACAAGACCCUUCUCACCAUUCUCUCCGUUCCGCACGCAACUCUCCGCCCCUCUCCAGGCCUCUCGAGCCCCCAGCUGUGCCAGAUUUGCCAGUAUCGCCGGCUCCCGUACCGGUUCCGGAAGAAGCCGCAAGUGGUGAUACCGACGAGAGGCAAUACAUCAUCGAUUACUGGAGGAGAGAAGGCUCUUGGCCCAGGAAAUAUUUCGAACAGGACGACUACACCAGGAAAGAUUUCGAUAAGCUAAUGGAUUCAACUACAAGGGUUCAAAGCCUUCUAUUCCCAUGUUACGAUCCAGUCGCAAGGCUUCGUUUCGCGGAGAAGGAUGCCCCGGCAUCUCUCAGCCGCAAACGAUCUGGAUCCAACAGUUCUACGCCAACUUCGAUGCCGCCACCUUCCAUGCCGUCACCUUCUACAACGAUGGCGUCCAGCGAUUGGAGACCAAGAGAAGAGAAGAGCGCCCCGUACCGGAGUGUCCAAUACCAGUCCGUACUCGAGACCAAAGGUUCAUACAUGAAGACGUCACCGUUAGGUAUCACGGAUGAGAGUAGGAACCUUUGCAGGACCCUCCUCGACACUGAACAACCGGCUCCUAAAAAUACACUCUUCGACGACGACAUCUUUGAGAGUGUCUGCGAGAGUCUUGCGAACAAGAACGAGGCGACGGUUUUUCUAGAUAUUCUUCGGCUGAUCGUUCCUUCGGCGGUGCAUUACGCUCUUCGUGCCAAACACCUCGAACACCUCAAUUACCUUACCGAAAGUGUGAAUGAGGGCUGGAACAGAUGUUUCCCCUUGACCGGCAUUCGUCCUCAGCCCGAUUACUCUGUUGGUUUCCAACGAGACGCCUUCACUCAGGACCAGAUCGAUAAACUCAUGCCCUUUACUGGUGACAUGGGAUACCGGUCCCUUUUCAAGGCCACGUACCACAUGUACUUUCCGUUCCUAACCUGUGAGAUGAAGUGCGGCGCUGCGGCACUCGAUAUCGCAGACCGCCAGAAUGCCCACAGUAUGACACUUGCGGUGCGGGCCAUCGUCGAGCUCUUUCGUAUUGUAAAGCGCGAAGAUGAAGUUAACCGGCAAAUCCUUGCCUUCUCCGUCUCGCACGACCACCAAUCUGUACGGAUCUAUGGCCAUUACCCGGUCAUAACAGACAAAGACACCAAAUACUAUCGACACCCAAUCCACAAGUUCUACUUUACUGCGUUGGACGGCAAGGAGAAGUGGACAGCGUACCGAUUCAUCAAGAACAUCUACGAUAUAUGGGUGCCCGAUCAUUUCAAGAGGAUUUGCUCUGCCAUUGACCAGUUGCUGGUGCCAGAUUCCGGAAAUUCAUCGCCUUCUGAGGCAACUGGACUUUCGCAGAAUUUGGGAAAUCUGAUGCAGUCAGAGCAGCCCAUGGCCACUUCAUCGCAGAACUUGGGAAAUCUGAUGCAGUCAGAGCAGCCCAUGGCCACUUCAUCGCAGAACUUGGGAAAUCCGAUGCAGUCAGAGCAGCCCAUAGCCACUCCACCGCAUAACUUGAGAAAUUUGGUGCAAUCGGAACAGCCUACAGCCCCUCCAUCGCAGGACGUGGGGAAUCCGGUGCAGUCGGAGCAACCUACAGCGCCUCCAUCGCAGGACGUGGGAAAUACGCUGCAGUCGGAGCAACCUACGGCUACUCCAGACACUUCACGUACAGGACCGAAGGCGGCAAAGAGGAGGAAGGGUCAAGUCAAGACGUGAAUACGUAGCAUUGUUUUGGAUAUCACACAAGCCUUCGUGACGUGAUGGUCAGUUGGUGCGUGCCCCCCCAAUUAUUCUCCUUCCCUUGAGUCACUGAAGUCGCCCGUCUCUUCAAGUUCCAUCUCGAAUUUAAAUUCCCGAAUGAUUAGAUGCUGGGAAGCUGCUGCUCUCCGGGCAGUUCAAUUG